UUGGACUUCUACGUGACGUGUGCUGUUUGUACUAAGACAACUCCACAAAAUCUGCAAAUUAUUCGCAAGAACUGUCAAAAGGUUUACGCAUCUCCCAGCAGGAGGAGCAUGGAUAAUAAAGGUCUAAGCGAAGAGAUUACAUACCCAAAACUCUACUUUGCUGUCGAUGCUUUCGAAGAGGUUCGUUUUCACUUUUGCUCAAUACCAGAAUAUCAAACGCUUCAAGAAGAUUAUUCCAUCAAAAACAGCACUGGCAGAAACACGAUUAUCUACUACUGCCAUUUAGUAGUUACCAUAAAUGGUAAGAAAAGUACUAUGGGUUAA